AUGUAAAUAAACAAAAUAACCAAUAAAAAUAUACUUUGUGUAUGGGUGUUUUGUGUGCUUAUAUGUCUGUGUAUCAUGUGUAUGCCUGGUGUCUGGAGAGGACAGAAGAGGAGGGCAUCUUCUGGAACAGAUGGUUGUAAGCUGCCAUGUUGGUGCAGGUCCUUUAGAAGAACAGCCAGUGAUCUUAACUGCUGAGCCAUUUCUCCAGUGUCCAUCGACUAUGCUAAACCAGUUCUUGUUAAAUAUUUAAAUAUAUAUUUUGCAUAUUUAUAUAUUCAUUACUGAGGGGUAGUUUGCAAGUUUUAUCCAUGCAAGGACUACACCAUAUGUGUGUGUGUGUGUGUGUGUGUGUGUGUGUGUGUGUGUGUGUGUGUGUGUGUUUCCUGUGUACUUACAUUGCUCAUGCUUGAUAAAGUAAAUCAUAAAGUCGCAAACUCUUGUAGUUUUUUAAGCAUUAUAUAAACUUCUUUGGUUUAGCUAAACAGAGUAAUGAGGCUCACCGGUAAGACAGGCUUGGGUCUAAGUCUACCCUUUCUCCACUGGUGGCGUGGUCAUUUACUUAACCUUUCCGAGUUUCUACUUAAGUGUGAAGGGAAGUGGAAAGUACUACCUUCCCUGCGGGAGUGUUACAAGUCCCGAAUCCCGGCCAAGCAGCACUUGUUCCACGGUACUUGCUAUAACUUAGUACCAUGGGUCCACUGUACUCUCCCACACGGUGGUUCUUUUUGGGAGUUUAUGUCAAACCAGGCAAAAACAGUUAUUAAAACUACUGACAGUUGUUUGUAGCUUCAGUUUGGCCCCAACCGACUUUUGCAUUCAGUGGCUGUAUCAGAAGGGUCAAACUUUCAGGAUUGUUCUACACAUCAAACAGCGUCAGAUCACAGCCAGGAGGAACCAUCAAAUCCAGAGAGCUACAAAUCCAAGAGUAAAAACAAUUCUCGUUUUAUGUCAGCAUCCAAGAGAAACAGGCCUGUCAGCAUGCCAGUGGGUCAGCUGAGAGUAUCAGACUCCUCUCUAAAAUUUAAGUCACCCCAUAAUUGCCAAGGACUGUCUCAGCGAUAUAAACUUCAACCAAGGGUCAAUAGAAUAGCAGCUUACAAAAGCAGGUUGGGAACAGCCUCUGCCAGAAUUACUGUACCAACCAUCGCCUUGUUGCUGGGAGAGUAUACGGACAAGCUGAAUCGAAGCAUGGCUGCAUGGCCAGUGCUCUUGGCAGAUGGCAGGAAAGUCCUCAAACCUGAAGAUAUAUCCCAUGAAGCCAACGUUUAUGUUUCAGCAGGGCAGCCCGUUUUAGAUCCAUUCAAAAACAAUUUAAAGACUCAUCUUGUACUCGUGAGAUGAUUAACUUGGACAGUGCAUGUGAUGCUUCCCACUGAUGUCAAAAGGCAGAAAACCAAGGCCGUCCUUUCUAGAAAGAUGAAGACACUUACUCAGAAGACAUCAGUGCGAAUUCUGGUCUUUAAGAAUGGCAUGGGGCAGGAUGGGCGUGAGAUUACAGUGCGGAAGGAAACAAUGGGAAAGGUAACUUUGUACUAAAAUUGAAAUAUGAAUCAAAUUGCAAACUUUAUGGCUUUUGAAGUAUGUUGAUUUUCUUUCUAAAUAACCAUAUCAAAAAUUAAACUGAAAUAUGAAGAAGUCUUCACAUACUAGCUGAAAUGUUCACCUGUUUAGAAAUGUGCUCAUAACAUUAACGUGAAUCAUCUUAACCAAACGAUGAUAUUUACUUGGUUAACCAAGCAAACCAUUUUCCUAGUAAAAAGUUACAUUUAACUAGAAGGAAGUUUCUAGUUGGUUCAAUAUGCUAUAAGAUAUUUAUAUUGAAGCUAGUCUAACAUAGCUGAAAUGAAAUUUAAAAUCUUUACUUAAUUUAAAAAUAAAUCUGGAUAGACUUGGGAAAAUUAUGUAAUGAUUAAGCAAACUUAAAAAAAUAGAGUUUUAAAUAGAUUUGUCAUGUAAACAUGUCUUUAGAAGGCUUUGGUUCUUUUAGGGUCUUUAUUUUUAAAAGAUAUUUUUAUUUGUGUGUGUGUGUGCGCGCGCGCAGGUGUCUAUGGAUGCCAGAAAUGCUGACUUCCUUUGAGCUAGAGUUACAGAUACUUGUGAGCAACCUGACCUGGGUGUUGGGGUCCAAAACUCAGUGUUCUUUCCCAACAGCCUUUGCAUUUAAUCCCUGAGCCUUUCCGCUACCCCACACAUACCAUCUUUGACAUAAAGGAACUGAUGAUAAUCUGAAGAUAUAGUUUAAAUAUAUUAUAGAUAGGUAGAUAUUUUUGGUCAACUUUAGUCAUCUUGGUGAUAAUAAUAAUCAUAAUUUUCUAGUAAUAUAGUAGAGACAGAGACGGAAGAGUCACGUUUACGUUUGCAUCUUGGCUUUGCUGCCCACUGAUUAUGAGGCCUCAGAUCAUUGCACUUCAUUGAGCGUCAGUUCCAUCACCUGAAGUGGGGUAACAGCAGUGCUCCCUUUACAGAGUUGCUGCAAGGAGUUGCUCUCACGUUAUGCAUGGAGUAUGAUGUCGGCAUCCAAAAUGGUCCCAGUAAAUACUUUCUAAUUUUCAUCUUUAGGACUCAUAAACACACAUCUAAUAGGAAUUAUUUUUCCUAUUAGUAGAAACUUUUACUGUGAACUUAACAAAGGUGCCCAUCUUUGGUAUACAUACUUUCCUUGCAUUGGACUGUUUUAAUUUGGAUAUUGUUCAAAAUAAGUGAAUGGUUGAUUAGCUAUUAGGAAGUUUUAUCAUAACAGUGAUUUUAUCUACUUGUCUUAUGGUUGUUUUAUUACUACAGUCAGAAAAAAGCAAUGUGCUGGUUAGUUUUAUGUCAACUCGGCACAAGCUAAAGUCACCGGAGAGGACGGAGCUUCCUUUGAGAAAAUGCAUCCAUAAGAUGUGGCUAUUGGCAAGGUUGUAGGGCAUUUUCUUAAUUAGUGAUUGAUGAGGGAGGGCCCAGCCCAUUGUGAGUGGGGUCAUCCCUGGGCUGGUGGUCCUGCCUAUAAGAAAGCAGGCUGACGAGCUAUGGUGAACAAGUCGGAAAGCUGCAGCCCUCUGGGCCUCUGUGCCGCUUAAAUUUCCCUGUGCCGCUUGAAUUUCAUUCGGACUUCUUCUGAUGGACUGUGCUUUGAAAGUGUAAGGCAAAUGUAUUUCCAUCCCUACCCGUGUUGCUUUGCUCAUGUUGUCUCAUCACACCAAUAGUAACACUAGCUAGGACAAGCAUCUAUCGAGAACGUAGGAAGUCUGGGCUUCACUUCCUUUAACCUGCAGGUUUGGGUUAUGAAUAAAGGAAGGGCUAUUAGACAAUAUGGCAAUUUGUGAUGCUUACUGUGACCUCUUCCCUAGAUAUUCUAAAAAAUAAAGAAGGAUGUAUAUAUCUUGAAUUAAAAAUGUAGUCACUCCUGGAAAUAGAUGCUAGAUCAGAGCAUCUUGGGCUCAAUUCAGUCUGUAAUUCUAUGCUAUCAUAGUAAAAAAUAGGUUAAUAAUCAUCUUUUACAGGGUACACAUUCUCAACUGAAGUCUUGUAAGAAAAGAAAACUGCCAUUUCUCAUUUUAUCAUCACUGAACAAAUUAUUUAAAAUAUGUAACAAAGAAAUCAAAAUUGUUUUUUUCUUAAAUUUGUGGAAUUUAAAGAAUUUUCAUAAUUCAUAAAACUCAUGAUAGAACGUUACUGAUUAAUAUGUUUGUAAGAUAUUUACAUAAAUACAAUUUGAAGAAUGAAGUUAAAACAACAACUAUGGCUAACUAAAUGCUGAACUAUGGGUAACUAAACACUAGCUUUGUAAAUAAGAAAUUGUUGGCAGGAAAAAAAACUAAAGGUAGCUUGUAAUUUUUCAGUAAAACUUUCAGUUUAAAAGGGAUUUUACUGUCAUAGGUUCAUGCCUUACUUAUAAACUAAAUGUGAACUAAGGAGCAGAAAUAAAGGUGCAAUGAGGAGGAAAUGACCGAGGUCAUGUGGUAAAAUAAGGUCACUAAUUCAGAAAAGUCCUCUGUGAGCUCAGGAUUCAGCAAAGGGGAAUGGCUGUGUUAAGGAUAAGUGGGAAAGCAGCAGAAGCACAUUCAUUUUUUCUAAAGUUUAGUAAUUAAAAAAUUUGAAAUGAGGGUCAAAUUAACAAAAUUCUCCAGUAAAUUCUGGAGCUGCAGAAUCAUUGCAUAUGGAUUUAAAUUAAUAAUUUGCUACUUUUACAGCUCCCAGGCAUAGCUUAGUGAGCACAUAGCACCCAUCAUUAUAAGGUAUUUCCUAAAUGUGUACAUUCAUGGGAUGCUAGAGUUAUUUCACAAAUCUGUGGAUGUUAGAUUCCAAGUUAGUGGAAAAUGCAAAGCUUUGGAUUUUAACUUUGGAAGAAUAGCAAACUGGUGGGGAAGUUGUAUUUUCUCCAAUUGUCUCCUGGAGUAAUUGUCAAAGUCAUAUUAAAUUUUGUGGAUAUUACAUACAACUGCAUCUAUUUUAUGAUAAAAAUUAUUUUUGUGCUUUACUUGUGGUUGUUUUAUUUUUAUGUGAAUUUUAUAUGUUCAAUGUCUUCUUAUGCCUAAGAACAUUAGCAUAAAUAUAGUGAUUAAAUUGAAGUGUUUUUUCAAUUGGCCUCAAUAUAUAAUCAUUAAAGUUUCUUAAUAACUUAACCUAGUGUCUAGAUAGUAAAGUCUUAGAGUGGUAUGAAAUUACCUAGUUAUACAACUUGGAACACUGAGACUUAAUUAUUUAGCUGCCACCAACAGUUGCAAGAGUUAGAACCAGAAGCUACUGUCUAGUACAGGAGCCACUGACCUCACACCUUCCCUC